AUGUCCGGAACUCCAGAUCACUUGAGGUCGAUUGUGAGUCCUGCCAGAUACAACGGGCGUGAUUGUUGCUGUGCCGUACCCCUUCUGUGCCUUACCCCUUCUGUGCCUUACCCCUUCUGUGCCUUACCCCUUCUGUGCCUUACCCCUUCUGUGCCUUACCCAUUCUGUGCCUUACCCCUUCUGUGCCUUACCCCUUCUGUGCCGUACCCCUUCUGUGCCGUACCCCUUCUGUGCCGUACCCCUUCUGUGCCUUACCCAUUCUGUGCCUUACCCCUUCUGUGCCUUACCCCUUCUGUGCCGUACCCCUUCUGUGCCUUACCCCUUCUGUGCCUUACCCCUUCUGUGCCUUACCCCUUCUGUGCCUUACCCCUUCUGUGCCGUACCCCUUCUGUGCCUUACCCCUUCUGUGCCUUACCCCUUCUGUGCCUUACCCCUUCUGUGCCUUACCCCUUCUGUGCCUUACCCCUUCUGUGCCUUACCCCUUCUGUGCCUUACCCCUUCUGUGCCUUACCCCUUCUGUGCCUUACCCCUUCUGUGCCUUACCCCUUCUGUGCCUUACCCAUUCUGUGCCUUACCCCUUCUGUGCCUUACCCCUUCUGUGCCUUACCCAUUCUGUGCCUUACCCAUUCUGUGCCUUACCCAUUCUGUGCCUUACCCAUUCUGUGCCUUACCCCUUCUGUGCCUUACCCAUUCUUGCCUUACCCCUUCUGUGCCUUACCCAUUCUGUGCCUUACCCCUUCUUGCCUUACCCCUUCUGUGCCUUACCCCUUCUGUGCCUUACCCCUUCUGUGCCUUACCCCUUCUGUGCCUUACCCCUUCUGUGCCUUACCCCUUCUGUGCCUUGCCCAUUCUGUGCCUUACCCCUUCUGUGCCUUACCCCUUCUGUGCCUUACCCAUUCUGUGCCUUACCCCUUCUGUGCCUUACCCCUUCUGUGCCUUACCCCUUCUGUGCCGUACCCCUUCUGUGCCUUACCCCUUCUGUGCCUUACCCCUUCUGUGCCUUACCCCUUCUGUGCCUUACCCCUUCUGUGCCUUACCCCUUCUGUGCCUUACCCCUUCUGUGCCUUACCCCUUCUGUGCCUUACCCCUUCUGUGCCUUACCCCUUCUGUGCCUUACCCAUUCUGUGCCUUACCCCUUCUGUGCCUUACCCCUUCUGUGCCUUACCCAUUCUGUGCCUUACCCCUUCUGUGCCUUACCCAUUCUGUGCCUUACCCAUUCUGUGCCUUACCCCUUCUGUGCCUUACCCAUUCUGUGCCUUACCCCUUCUGUGCCUUACCCAUUCUGUGCCUUACCCCUUCUGUGCCUUACCCCUUCUGUGCCUUACCCAUUCUGUGCCUUACCCCUUCUGUGCCUUACCCAUUCUGUGCCUUACCCCUUCUGUGCCUUACCCCUUCUGUGCCUUACCCCUUCUGUGCCUUACCCCUUCUGUGCCUUACCCCUUCUGUGCCGUACCCCUUCUGUGCCUUACCCCUUCUGUGCCUUACCCCUUCUGUGCCUUACCCCUUCUGUGCCUUACCCCUUCUGUGCCUUACCCCUUCUGUGCCUUACCCCUUCUGUGCCUUACCCCUUCUGUGCCUUACCCCUUCUGUGCCUUACCCCUUCUGUGCCUUACCACUGAUCACACUCCACUCCAGAUCACCUGA